AUGGUUUCUCAAAUCGUUGCACUGAAGGCGGCUCCCCAGAUGCAAAGUUUGGGGGUUCAUAGCAUGUCAUCAAAAGUCUCUCUUCUUGAGGAGAGACAAAGAGUACCUAUUUACGCAGCAGCACAUUGCAUUGUUGCACGAUACUUGAAACAAUUCUUUCACGAUUCUUCCACGAUUUUUGAGAAGAGGAACAGAUUGAAGCUGCUGAAACAGAUUAUGUCGUUUGUUAGCUCUUCCCCUCCUGAGGCCAGAAAAUGUAAGUGUGGUGUGCCAAUGGCCAAGCUCACUAGCUGGACAAGGGAGAAUCCAGGCAGGAAGUUCAUAUCAUGUAAGUUUUAUGACCCAAUAACAGAAACAAGGGGUUGCAAAGCUUUCGAAUGGGUUGAUCAACCUGAUGGAACAGAUUGGCAAACAGGGGUUAUCAACAACCUGUUGUUGGAUAAGAAGCUGCUAAAGGGUGAAGUUAAUGAAUUGAAAAGGGAAGUUGAUGAAAUCAGUGGCCAAAGGAGGUGCCUACUUAAUGAAGUUGAUAAUUUGAAGAUGAGAUGCAAGGCCUUGAACGCUGACAGGAAGAGAAUGAACAGGGAGUGCAAUGAAGGGAAGGUGUCUUCAAUCAGCUGUUUUGGUUGGGUGGGCAUGGCCAUUUGUAUAGGUUUGUCAAUGGGUGUAAUUUUCCUAAUGGCUAGGGGUGUGUAAUAGUAAGCUGUAUUAAGUAGUUAUAAUUUCUUGUAAUGACUUGAAGUGUUAUAAAUAUGUCUUUUAAUCAA